AUGACAUCAAAUUGGCAGCCUUCCCAGGAGGGGCUCACUGAGCUCGUGCAGCUCUUCCGCGACUCGCAAAGCCCCCAGAUGGAUGUCCAGGAGAGAAUUGCUCAGCGCCUCGACACAGUCAGCCAGAUCCCAGAUUAUGCAAACUACUGCGUCUUCGCCCUGACAUCCCUAACCACCGAAGACCUCGCCACCAGGUCCGUAGCGGGUCUCAUCCUCAAGAACCACAUUCUCUUCCACAAUGACCUAAUUUCGCCCGAGUCGUUCGAGUACGUCAAGCAAGCCAUCAUCCCCGCGCUCAGCUUGCCAGAAGACAUGCUCCGUCGCACUGCCACGCAGGUCGUCUCCAUGCUCAUGACCAUCCUCACCCCGCAAGGCUGGCCAGAAGGUCUCUCCAAGCUCGGCGAGCUCAUGGCAUCCCAAAACGUCGACGAAGCAGAGGGCGCCUUCAGCUCUCUCGCAAAGAUCUGCGAAGAUAUCCCGCGCGAGCUCGAAAUGUGCGACAUCAACGGCGUCAAGCCCAUUGACAUUCUCAUUCCCAAAUUCAUCGAAGCGACCCAGCAUAACGAUUCGCGCAUCCGCAUGCACGCUCUCAACUGUCUCAACCAGUUCGUGCAGAUCGGCUCGACCGCGCUGCAAAACCACAUCGAUACCUUUCUCGCCGCUCUCUUCAAGCGCGCCAGCGACGAGAGUGCCAAUGUCCGCAGAUACGUCUGCCAGGCGCUCGUUCUCAUUCUCGGCGUCCGUCCCGACAAGCUUAUUCCCGAAAUGGACAACGUCGUAGAGUACAUGCUCUACUCGACGCAGGACAAGGACGACGACGUAUCGUUGGAAGCCUGCGAGUUCUGGCUCCAAUUUGCGGAAGAGCCAUCACUCAAGGACAAGCUGCGCCCCUACCUCUCCAAAGUGGCGCCCGUGUUACUCAAGGGAAUGGUGUACAACGAGCUCGACUUGCUCAUGCUUGGUGGAGACGAGGACGAUGCAGCCGUACCAGAUCGUGCCGAAGACAUCAAGCCUCGACACUACGGAGGUGGAGCGCACAGGAACGAGCACCUCGAAGAUGCCGCCAACGGAGGCGCUUCGGGUACCGGCAAGUCACGCGCCGCUAUUGAAGCGCAAGACGAUGACGAGGACGACUUCGACGACGACGACGAGGAUGAAGAGGAUGACGACGGUAUCUCGGAUUGGAACUUGCGCAAGUGCUCGGCAGCCGCGCUCGACGUCAUGGCGGUCAACUUUGCCGACGAGCUGCUCGAGAUCUUGCUGCCUUACUUGAAGGAGCGAUUGUUCAGCGAGGACUGGCUUCAGCGAGAGUGUGGUAUCCUCGCGCUCGGGGCCAUCGCAGAAGGCUGCAUCGCCGGCAUUCAACCGCAUCUGCCCACGUUGAUUCCGUUCCUGAUCAACAGCCUCAAGGACUCGAAACCGCUGGUACGUUCCAUCACGUGUUGGACGCUGGGCCGAUACUCAAGCUGGUGCGUUGCCGCCGAGACGCCAGAACACCAACAGCAGUUCUUUGUUCCCGCCAUGGAAGGGCUUCUCAACAUGGUGCUCGACAACAACAAGCGUGUUCAAGAAGCAGGCUGCAGUGCAUUUGCUACGCUCGAGGAGGAGGCCGGUCGCAACCUGGAACCCUUCCUGGAGCCGGUGCUCAAGACGCUCGUGUUUGCAUUCGACAAGUACCAACAAAAGAACUUGCUCAUCCUGUACGAUGCUUUGGGAACGCUAGCUGACUCGGUGGGCUCGGCGUUGAACCGACCCGAAUAUGUCGAGAUUGUCAUGCCACCAUUGAUCGCCAAGUGGCAAGGCUUGCACGACACGGAUCCAGAUCUGAUCCCGUUGCUGGAAUGCAUGUCGUCGGUGACGAUCGCCGUGGGUCCCGGGUUCCUCCCCUACUCGCCACCCGUGUUCCAGCGCUGCGUUGGCAUUGUACACGACAACCUGGCAGCCGCCGAGGCAGAGGCGCAAAAGCCAGCCAUGGAGCAGGACGUACCAGACCGUACUUUUAUCAUUGUCGCAUUGGAUCUACUAAGCGGCUUGACGCAGGGCCUCAACACGACGGUGCGCGACCUGGUGGCGGGAUCGCAACCAUCGCUGCUGCCGUUGCUGGGUCAUUGCAUUACCAAUGUCGAGGCACCUGUGCGUCAGUCGGCGUAUGCGCUGCUGGGUGACUUGGCCAUUUCGUGCUUUGACCUGCUCAAACCGUUCCUGCCGUCGAUCAUGCCAGAGCUCAUUCGUCAGAUCGAGCCCGAGCCCAAGAUCGAGAACGUCUCGGUGUGCAACAACGCUGCAUGGGCGGCAGGUGAGAUCGCACUGCAGUACGGAGCAGAUCCGGAGCUGACACAGUGGGUGGACGAGCUGAUCAAGCGACUCGUACCCGUGCUGCUCUCGACGAAAUCGGUCAAGUCGCUCUCGGAGAAUGCUGCUGUGACCAUUGGCCGCCUGGGUCUUGUCCAGCCGCAGCUGGUCGCACCGCACCUCGAGGUGUUCAUCGAAUCCUGGUGCCAAGCGCUGUGGGAUAUCAAGGACAACGAUGAGAAGGACUCGGCGUUCCGCGGGCUGUGCGAGAUGAUCCAGGUCAACCCGAAUGGCGCUGCAAAAGGUUUCGUCUACUUCUGCAAUGCGGUGGUGAGGUGGUCGACGCCGAGCGCCGAGCUCAACGAGAUGUUCCGCAAGAUCUUGACGGGUUUCAGGGACAUGAGCGGGCCGCAGUGGGAGGUACAGAAGGCGCAGUUCCCCCCUGUCAUUGCGCAGAGGCUGGCGGAUCGAUACGGGCUUUGA